GUCAUCAGUUCAUCACCCCAAAAAUACCCAAAAAGAUGCUGAAAUUCCUAAAAUCCUUAAUUCGCCCGAAUUUCAUCGCAAAAUUCACAAAUCCCCUCAAACCCUAAUUCCCAAAUUUCCCUCUUUAUAAAACACUGCUUACACUGUCACUCAAACUAAAAACCCAUCAAAAGCCAUGUACAUUUCAGACACAAAUCACAAUCCCACCACAACAACAACACCAACAAAACCCCAAUCAUCAUCCAUUGAAUUCUCAGAUGGUGAUCACCAUAACCCACAUGACAUGAUGAUUGAAGUGGUCACCACCCACCACCAUCAUGACCACCAUAGAUUACCCACCACAGGAACAACGUCAUCUGGCCCGAAGAAGCGGGCUGAGACAUGGGUUCAAGACGAAACCCAAAAUUUGAUCACAUUAAGGAGAGAAAUGGACUCACUAUUCAACACUUCUAAAUCUAAUAAGCAUUUAUGGGAACAAAUUUCGGCAAAAAUGAGGGAAAGAGGGUUUGAUAGAAGCCCAACUAUGUGUACUGAUAAGUGGAGGAAUUUGCUUAAGGAAUUCAAGAAAGCAAAACAACAAUUGGGUAAUGGUUGUAACGGAAAUGGGUCUGCUAAAAUGUCUUAUUAUAAAGAAAUUGAAGAAAUUAUAAGGGAAAGGAAUCGGUGUUCUUCUUCUUCUAAUGUGGCUGGAUAUAGAAGUCCUAGUCAUAAUAAUGGUGGUGUUAAUCAUUCUUCUAAAGAUGAUCCUUUCUUGCAGUUUUCUGAUAAAGGUAUUGAUGAUGCGACUAUUUCUUUUGGACCCAUUGAAGAUAAUGGAAGGACAGCAUUGAACUUGGAAAGGAGUUUGGAUCACGAGGAGCAUUCUCUUGCCAUCACCGCUGCUGAUGCUGUAGCUGGUGGAGGUGUUCCCCCAUCAUUUUGGCGUGAGACUCCUGGGAAUGGUGACGGCACCAACUCUUAUGGCGGGAGAGUUAUAACUGUUAAAUGGGGAAAUUAUACCAGAAGGAUUGGUGUAGAUGGCACGGCCGAGGCUAUCAAGGAUGUGAUCAGAUCUGCAUUUGGGUUAAGGACAAAGCGUGCAUUUUGGUUGGAGGAUGAGUAUCAGGUUGUUCGUCCUCUGGACAGAGACAUGCCUCUAGGCACUUAUGCUCUCCACCUUGAUGAAGGUGUGACUAUAAAAUUGUGCCAUUACGAGGAGUCGAAACACAUUUCAUAUCCCAGUCCGACAAUAUCCCACACUGAAGAGAAAACAUUUUACACGAAGGAUGAUUUCCGCGAGUUUAUGCAUCGUUGUGGUUGGUCAUGUCUCCGUGAGUUGAAUGGGUACAGGAAUAUUGAUAAUUUGGAUGAUCUUCGGCCAGAUGCUUUGUAUCGAGGUAUCGUUUGAGAAAUCUUGAGCUGGUAAAUCUCUCAUUUUUCUCCGUUCUAUAACUUAUGUACAGAACUAUAGACAGGUUGCCUAAAUUGGCAAAUGUAUAUAUACAUUUCCAAUUCCUUUUGCAAUGGAAUAAUCAGCCUUUUUACAGUUUCGCAAAUGUAUAUAGGUUCAAGCCUCGAAUUCUAUCCAUACUAAAGGUUUGAUCUAGAAUUUUUUCAAUCCUGUGGAUCCGAGUUGAAUUCAUCUAUAUAAAAUAUAACCCUUACCUUGAGUUCUCAAAACUUAACACUCAGAAGACUGUCUCUAUUCUCGCCCUUUCUUGUCUUGUAAAAUCCCAUUGCCGAAUAGCAAAAGCCCGAAAGCAUAAUAUGCACUCCGGACACACCUUCAUAACUACAAAUGAGGAGAUCGGUUAUAGUCCCCCAUGUAAUACUCUGACUGCCCUAUGAGGUGGUUAUUCCUACAUGGGUCAUAGAAGGUAUAGCGAACAUAUCCAUUCCUUAUUGAACUUACUUUUCAUUGAUGUAUCAUAUCAUCGAGAUUCAACUCAAAUCACGAUGUCUUUUUCUUGUUCUUGAAUGGGUCUCUUGAAAUUUCUAGGUUUAUGCUCUACUCCGAUUAACGAUCUGCCUGAUUUUGAUUUGCCCAUAUAGAACAAAUGUUUCAAAUUCCAAUACUUUUUUUUGUACCACAAUGGAUCAAAAACAGGGUCGUUUUGUUUUAUUGAUAUAUGAUCUUGUGAGUUGUAUUGCUGAGUUUCAAACUUUUAUCCUUCAUUAUGGUUAAUUUAUCCAAGUACAUGUUAUAUUUACCAUGCAAUGUUAUUGAGUGUUCUUUUGGUCAGGGCCGGCCUAGAGGGGUGGGGAGACGGGUAGUUGCGCUGGGCCUAUUAUUUAUACAUUAAAAACAGUAUUAGUGAGCCAUGCUAGUUUUCUCAUGAAUCUCAUUGUACAAUUACUUUUAUGCUUUAUGCUGUUUAACGUUUUUUAUUGUACAUCGCAUACCUUUUUUUUUUUCCAAGUCUAGCAUUUGCUUUUUUACACUAUUUAUCUCUUACUCUUAAUUUGUAUUUUAUUAUUAAUCUACAAGUUAAAACAUAGUCAGGUGGGAUCUUGUUUGAUUCGUCUCAAAGCAAAGAUUAUCAAUAUUAACUUUUCAUAAUUUUUAAUUAUGCAUAAUUAGAGAUAUUAAUGAUUGAAUAAAUGUAUUGGAUAGAGGGUGUAAAACAAAUGGGAUAAUGAAUUGGAGGGAAUAUAUUUGAUAUUUCAUUUAGAUCCACACAUAAUUGUGAUAAGGUGAACCAAAUGGAAUAUUUGUGAACACUAUUGGUAUUUGGUAUUAUACAUUAAAUAUGGGUAGAAAAAAGACCUUUUCCACUAGAAAUUAAAGUUAGUGGAAGAAGCAAAGCAAAGAAAAAGUUUUUGUAUCUCUUAUGAACGUGAUGCCAAACAAGUCCAAUGACAAAAAAAAAAUAAA